UCCAACCACCAGCGCAUUCAGUUGCCAUUGGCGACUUGACGUGUAAAGUGUGUGCCUACAAAAAAUAAAUUCACCACAAAGAAGCGAGCAAACCAAGUUAAAUUAAGUGAAUUAGUUAAGAAAAGGACCUAAAGGACCUGUGACAAUAUGGCAGCAGCCGCACCAGCCACACCCGCUGCCGCCGCCACUGCUGCAGCACCAGCAGCAGCUGGAGGAGGAGCUGCUGCACCAGCAGUGAAUAUUGCCGAAAUAGCUGGCGAGGCAAAUGUGAUGAACUACAUGAAGAAUCGCUUGCGUAAGGGCGCGAUGAAGCGAAAGGGUCUCAUGAUUAUCAAUGGACAUAAAUUCGCGGUGCGCUUCUUCAAGCAGCCGACCUAUUGUGGACACUGCAAGGAUUUUAUAUGGGGCUUCGGCAAGCAAGGCUAUCAGUGCGAAGAUUGUCGCUUCAAUAUCCAUCAGAAAUGUUGCAAUUUUGUGGUCUUCAGAUGUCCUGGCAAGGAGACGGACAUUGAUGCCGAUUGCUCGAAAGUGAAGCAUAAAUGGGAAUCGACAACAUACACGACGCCAACAUUUUGCGAUGAUUGCGGCAUGCUGCUGCACGGCGUGGCUCAUCAGGGCGUCAAAUGCGAGAAUUGCAAUUUGAAUGUGCAUCACACUUGCAAGGAGAAGAUGCCGCCGCUCUGUGGCGCUGAUAUUAAUGAACUACGUGGCAAAUGUCUGUUGUAUGUGGAGCUCAAGGGCAACACGCUAUUGGUGGAGAUCAAAGAGGCCACCAAUUUGAUACCUAUGGAUACAAAUGGCUUGAGUGAUCCAUAUAUUGCGAUUGCAUUACAUCCGGAUCGUAGCGGUAAAACAAAGAAGAAGACAAAGACUAUACAGAAAUGUUUGAGUCCAGUGUAUAAUGAGAAAUUUACUUUUGACCUUACGCCACAGGAUCGCGAUAAACGUUUAUUGAUCGAGGUUUGGGAUUGGGAUCGUACCUCGCGUAACGACUUCAUGGGUUCGUUCUCAUUUAGCUUGGAAGAGAUACAGAAGGAACCCAUCGAUGGCUGGUACAAAUUUCUCUCGCAAGUUGAGGGCGAAUGCUAUAAUAUACCAUGUUCGGAUCCGAUCAAUGAUAUAGCGCGUUUGCGUGACGAAGUGCGGACGGAUAAAAAAUCGGACAACAGGCGUCGCAUGGACAACAAGGAUAUGCCACACAAUAUGAGCAAACGUGACAUGAUACGUGCGGCUGAUUUCAAUUUCAUUAAAGUACUCGGUAAGGGCUCAUUCGGUAAGGUGCUAUUGGCCGAACGACGUGGUACCGACGAACUAUAUGCUGUGAAAGUGCUGCGUAAAGAUGUCAUAAUACAGACCGACGAUAUGGAGUUGCCUAUGACUGAGAAGCAGGUGUUAGCGCUCUCGGGUAAACCACCUUUUUUGGUCUCACUUCACUCGUGCUUUCAAACUAUGGAUCGCUUAUUCUUCGUUAUGGAAUACUGUAAGGGAGGUGAUCUUAUGUAUCACAUGCAGAUCUAUGGACGUUUCAAGGAAUCUGUUGCGCUCUUCUACGCCACCGAGAUUGCAAUAGCUUUGUUCUUUCUACACGAACAUCACAUCAUCUAUCGUGAUCUCAAGUUGGAUAACGUUCUGUUGGAUGGUGAGGGCCAUGUAAAGCUUGCAGAUUUCGGUCUCAGCAAGGAAGGUAUUGAAGAACGUGAUUCCACUAGAACAUUUUGUGGCACUAAUGUCUAUAUGGCGCCAGAGAUCGUCAAUUAUGAAUCCUAUAAUCAUACUGUCGAUUGGUGGUCUUAUGGUGUUUUGAUUUAUGAAAUGUUGGCGGGACAAAAUCCCUUCGAAGGUGAAGAUGAGGAGAGUACAUUCAAAAAUAUCAAGGAGAAGAAAGCCGUCUUCCCGAAACACUUUUCUCAAGAGGCUAUGGAUGUCAUAACCAGCUUCCUCGCUAAGAAGCCAAAUAAUCGUUUGGGCGCCGGACGCUAUGCGCGCUCUGAGGUUACCACACAUCCCUUCUUUAGGAAUAUUGAUUGGGAGAAAGCGGAAGCUAGGGAAAUGGAGCCACCUAUUGUGCCGAAAAUUAAACAUCGCAAGGACAUCUCGAAUUUCGAUAAAGCUUUUAUCAACGAGAAAACUGAUUUAACACCCACCGAUAAGUUGUUUAUGAUGAAUUUGGAUCAGAAUGACUUUAUAGGUUUCUCUUUUAUGAAUCCGGAAUUUAUAACUAUUAUAUGAUUUAGAAAGGUGUUCAUGGAAUAUGAUCGAAUGGUGAUUAAAGUAAAAUUUUUGAAGUGUUAAUCCAUUUAUUGUGAUUAAAUUCUAGAAAAAAUCAAUAAAUACUAUAUAAUAUAAUAUA